AUGCCUCCCAGACGAGAAGGCGGGGAUAUCUCUGCGAUUUAUGUACACGCUGGGGCUGGAUACCACAGUCAUCAGAAUGAAAAAAUUCAUUUGGAAGCAUGCAAUGAUGCGGCAAUGGUUGCCAUGGCCAUACUCAAGAACGGUGGAUCCGCCCUCGAUGCCGUCGAGAUUGCCAUCAAGUUGAUGGAGGAUCGAGAAAUUACGAAUGCUGGAUAUGGUAGCAACCUUACGGCAGACGGAAUUGUCGAGUGUGAUGCCACAAUUAUGGACCAUCUUGGUCGUAGUGGUGCUGUAGGGGCUGUUUCUCAGAUCAAAAAUCCGAUUUCCGCGGCUCGCGUCGUCCUUGAUGGUCAAGCCAAACGCCUUUCUCUGCAACGAGUACCUCCAAACCUUCUCGUUGGCCCUGGAGCCACAGAUUAUGCCUAUGAUCAUGGUAUCCCGGUACUUCCUCCGGACUUCCUCGUUUCUCAGGCUUCCAAGGCACGAUGGUUGCGAUGGCAGCAUGACAUCGAUGUCGCUCGUCAGAGAGAGCUGGAAAACCUCCUGGACCCCGAUGAAAGACGCAGCCAGAGUGACAUUGGUAGCCCUUCUGCCGGUGACUGUGCAACUGUACGCCCUGCUCAACUCAUGUCGCCCCCGCCCAGCGUCCAGCCUAAACAGCAGAGCACUCUCUCGUUUGAGGUCAGCGCUGCCGGCAAUGAUGUCACACCAAUGGCUGCCGAUGGUCCGAACAAUACACAUAACAUUGGAACGACUCAACCGAUCACUUCCCACAGUCAUGAUCAGCAGACUAGACCGGAUGGCAACGAUCGGAGCGAAGGCAAGCACGAGGAUAAUAAUUCCUUUUUGGAACAUGGGUUGGCGAACGUGGAUAGCAAUAACAAAUCCGCAGAAAACGGCGCUGAUAAGUCGGCUACCUCGAUGAAGUCAAGCUCAAUCGAUUCAUCCGAUUCCUUUGUCACAGUGGGUUCAUCUUCGCUCCCGCCCCCAUCAUCAGGUGCCCCGAGCGACAAUGCCCAAGCAGAAACAGUAGGAAGCCAAGCGCCACUCCCAGGAGAUUCUUCCCCACAGAAACAGUAUGAUGGCAACGAUAACAUCACUGACACCGUCGGCGCUAUUGCCGUCGAUUGCUACGGGAACAUUGCGGCCGGGUCCUCUUCUGGUGGCAUUGGAAUGAAACACCGUGGCAGGGUUGGGCCUGCGGCAUUGGUGGGUAUUGGUACGGCAGUGAUUCCCGUGGACCCGGACGACCCUGACAGAACUUGUGUUGCUGCUGUCACGUCUGGAACUGGAGAACACAUGGCUACAACGUUGGCGGCGCAUACGUGCGCCUCCCGCAUCUAUUUCUGCCAGCGUAAGGGUGAAAAUGGUCUUGAGGAUGUCACUGAGGAUGAAGCCUUGAAGUCCAUGAUUGAAGUGGAUUUCAUGGAGCACCCCAGCGUAAAGAACAGUCAUUGUGAGGCUGCUAUCGGAGUCAUGGCAGUCAAGAAGACCAGAAAUGGUGUCUACCUCUACUUUGGCCACAAUACAGAUUCAUUCGCCCUUGCCUCCAUGAGUUCCGAGGACAGCAGCCCAGUUUGUGUCAUGUCUCGUCGCCCUAAGUAUGGCAGCGUUGCGCAGGGUGGCCGAAUUUCAAGAUACAGAAGAUACAAAGUUAUUGCCGUUGAUGAGUGA